AUGUUGCUCUGCCCGCCUAUAGUCCUAUUUUUUGCAUUCUUGUCGAUUCCUGCGAGGGUUCUAUCCCGCAGAGGCAGCAGCGACUCUAGCAGUGACAGUGGGACCAGCAGCGACAAUGACUCCUCAUCCAGAGGCGGCACUUAUGUCUGCUCUGAUGACCACAAACUUACAACCACCGGCCUCCAGCCAUCUUAUUACAGUAACUACACAAUUGUUGCUGGCGACCCUGGAGCCUACACAGACUGGAACGGACUAUACUUUCAAGGAGAAGCUUCCUUCGACUACGUGAUUCGCGAUCUACCGACUAACAACACCUACCUCGGAACCAAUUGUCCUAAAGACCAUCGCACAAUCCGCAUGUUGGGCAUUGCAUGGGUUGGGCCAAGAACGCCUACUCCAUCAGACCUUCACAAUCCCUUUACAUUGGGCUUCCAGGCCUGGCAAUCUGAUAAUUCUGUCGCCAACAUCACCUAUUCCUACAGUUCCUGCGAUACAGAUGUGAAUCUCGUGCAACUCAAGACAACUGUUGACUGGAGUGAGUAUGUCCACGAGACAAAUAGGGAUAUCAAAGGGGCCAUAGAUGCCGUUGUCCUUAAUGUCACUCGGGCCGGUGAUAACAACCAUGAGGUCCAAUUUGAAGGGGUGUACGACGUGUCGAGUCUGAGGUCGGCCCAGACAAUCAUCGCCAGUGACGGCACGCAUAAAGAUCAGAUCCAUAUCCCUGCGAAAACUUGCAGUAUGAUGGGGGAUAUACUAAUCGGAUGGCCAUCAGGGACUAUUAUCAACGGGACAAUGACAAACAACACGCUCACAUUAUCCAUCUCGGGGACGACGAUCGCUGGUUUCGGCGACCUAGACGGAUCUCAUGAUGAGCAGGUGAACGUGACUUUCAACAUUGCCUUUACAGGCACUUACGACUCGGCCAACUCAUCGCAGGUCGUCCAAGUCGGAGCAAGCAACCAGUCGCUAGUGAGCUUUGAGAAGGCAACGGGCGAUGCUAUAGCCUGGGCAUCUCCGCGAUGGCUUCUCAUAUUGUCAUUAGUGAUGAUAACCAGAACGGUAUUUUAA